AUGGCACGACACAUCCGCACCCAGAUCACCCCCCUGUCGACAGGACCCCUCGUUGUGUGCACUGUCUGGCACAGUGUACUUGUGGCGAGGCUUAUGCACCCGCUUAAUGCGCUGUACCUUGCCGAGCCUGAGAUCCGGCCAACCCGCGAACAGAGGGUUCCACAGCGGCAACCCCACUUGGUCCACCUGUCACAGCGACGACCCCAAUGUCCCACAUCUGCCCAUCAUGUAUCGAUACCUCCAUCCGAACGUCCCGACGUAUCCCGCCAUCCACCAACCCCAGCAAACUUCAGCCCGCCACUGCCCACACAGAUCACUGCCCUCGAUAGCGGAGCGAUAGGACGGAGCGGCGAGGGUCCUUUUGCCAUGCAUCCAUUCUUCCGGAAGGCCUGGCUUUUCUUAGACCCGAGACUUUGUGUAGCGUCGAGAGCCUUCCUUCAGUUCGGGACAUAUGGGAGGGAUCUCAAGCAUCAUCUUACAGAUCUUGUUCAUCAUUGGGCCAUGCCCCGAGUGCUUACCCCGAGCACGCCGACGUACCUGCGUUUUAUCCCGUUGUGCCCGUACGUAGAUCCGUGGCUCCGUGUUUCUCCAGGUUUUGGGGGUUCAAAGAUUCUUCAUUCAGCUUCCCAUGGCUCCACCGUGAGGAUGCCUGUCGAGGUCCACGGGGAGCCGGCAGUGCCGGUCUGGAAUCUCCAGUUGAUAACAACGCCUCGCCGCAGGUCUGCCGUAUCAGUCGGAUCAACUGGAACAUUUGGAACAGCAUCCUACAAAGUCACAUACUGGUUCAAUGCCAUCUUGAAGGCAGGGCCGGCACCUUUUUCUGGAAUAUCUGCUCAGCCUUUUGAAUUAACGGGUGUCAGAGGAAGUCCCGGUUCCGUUGCCGAGAAGGUGGCCCUCUGCUUUAGUAGACGGACGCACCAGGUACUAGCAAGACAUGAGGUGAGAAUAACCUACUUUGUAGGUCCGAAUGUGGAAACUCUCUUUGCAGCCCAAGGACUCAGUGUGAACGGAACGCCAGGAGACAAGCUCGACUGUAAUUCUCUUCCGUUCGGGCAGUCCCCACGGCCAACCACGACAUUCCACACGAUCGUGUGUGAGCCGAUGUCAACUGAAUUAUAG